GCCUUUCGACCUUCCGGUGCUUAGGCCGAGGACCCUCCCCCCGUGGGCAUCCCUAGCUUCUAGGCCCGGACCCCGCGGGCGACGGUUUCUGAGAGCGCGCGCCUCCCCGCCCGCCCUCCUCCUUGUCCCUUCACGCGCCGCCCGUUUUUCCUCUUUCUCUGUUGAUCACAGCUGGGCGGCCGGGGGCGGAGGGAAGGUGGCCCCCGCGGAGCCUGGGCGGGCACCUCCCACUCACCCGCGAGCCGCCGUGGGAGCCGGAGGAUGGCGGCGGUAGCUGCGGCCGCCCGGGAGGAGGCGGUGCCGAGGCCGGCGGUGCAGAGCGCGGCGGCAGAGAGCGGCAGCGGCCCGUCGCGGCGCACCAGAACCGAAACCGCCACCUGAGCCGGCGCCCGCAGACGCAGCGCGCGGCACUCUCGGCCGAGGCUCCUCUGCCCCUCGCCUCGCCCGGAGGAGGACAGCGCGCCGGGCCGGCCCCGGACGUGCGGGGGCCCUGCGGGCCGGCCCGCAGCAGGGAGGACAUGGGCGCCAAGCAAAGCGGCCCGGCCGCCGCUAACGGCCGCACCCGCGCGUACUCGGGCUCGGACCUGCCUUCUGGUAGCAGCGGAGUGCGCGAGGGCAGUGCGGGCAGCGGCGGGGCGCGGGCCUUGGCCAGGCUUCCGCCUCAGGUGCCCAGCGUGCCCCAGCCCGGCGCCUCGGGCGGCGCGGCGGCGGCCUCGGCGGCCCCGGCGGCCCCGCGCAGUCGCUCGCUCGGCGGGGCCGUAGGCAGCGUGGCUUCGGGGACCCGUGUCAGCAUCCCCAACAGCAGCAGCGGCCCGUAUGGCUCGCAGGACUCCGUGCACAGCAGCCCCGAGGACGGAGGCGGCGGCGGCGGCGGCGGCAGCAGCAGGGACCGGCCGGCGGGCGGGGGCUCCGGCGGGCCGCGUCUGGUGAUCGGCUCGCUCCCAGCGCACCUCUCGCCUCACAUGUUCGGAGGAUUUAAGUGCCCUGUAUGCUCAAAAUUUGUACCCUCAGAUGAAAUGGAUUUGCAUCUUGUAAUGUGUUUAACAAAGCCAAGAAUAACCUAUAAUGAGGAUGUACUGAGUAAAGAUGCUGGGGAAUGUGCAAUAUGCCUUGAAGAAUUGCAGCAGGGAGAUACUAUAGCACGACUACCAUGUCUAUGCAUAUAUCAUAAAGGCUGCAUAGAUGAAUGGUUUGAAGUAAAUAGAUCUUGCCCUGAGCACCCUUCAGAUUAAGCAUCACAUGCCUGCUCAAUAGGUUUUCUUGUCUUUUCAACAUGCUUGAAAAAUCUAAGAGGACUUGAGGAUCUGUCUCUGAAAAAUAAAAAUGUGGGCUUAUUCAGCCAGAAAUCUGAGUUCUAGGAGACUUGGUAAUACAGAGAUGGACAAUCAUAAAAGAAAAUAGCCCUGCUGAAGAGAGGACAGUAACCACAGAACUCAGUGUACCAAACUUGCAUAUAAGGGACACACAGGGAUUUCGAAAAUGCUGCACAUCCCUCAGUAGUCAUCUACAUAGUUAAUACUGAUCAACAUUUUGUAUUCAGACGCCAAAGUUAACUGAUUAAAAAGUUGAUUUACUUUUUAGUCAGUUUUCUAGAGCUGUGCAAAUAGCUGUGUUUUGAUUUGUUCUGUUUUUUUGGUUUUUUUUUUUUUUUUUUUUUUAGCUUGGGGUCUGUUUCUCCCAACAUUCAUCUGUUCUUAAAUUUAAAACAACGUAAUUUACUUCUUUAUAAACUCAAGUCUUAAAUGUGAAAACCAAGAAAUGUAAUCAAGCAGUAAAACAUUCUCUGAAUGUAGACUAUGAUCUCAAGUUCUUCCAUUUUUUUUUUUCACCAAGUGUGGAAAAUAGAUAUCUACAUAGGAAAGCUAAAAUAUGUUAAUAUUUUUAAAUUAAAGGUUUAAUAUUACCAGAAUGCUGUCCAAAGAGCAAAUCAAGUUGCAUAAUUACAUUUUAAGUAAUUAUAGAAUUGCAGUUUGUGAAAUAUAUUGUUUUCUUUCUAAAUGAAACUGCUCCGUAGUUAGCAGCAAAUCAUCUUGCAGCUAUGCAACUUUUAAAUAUGAUUACCAAUUUUAUGUGCUGCCAGCUACAAUAACUUUCUGUUAACGGGUAUUUUUGUUUGUUCUUUUCAUAUACAUAAUUAUCUUGUUAAGCUUUGCAUUUUCAGUUCCCACAUUUGGGUAAAAUGUUUAGCAGGUUGUAAACUUAGUGACUUAUGAAAAGAGUCAAAAAUUUCUGGAGUGGAAUUUGGAAUAAUUAGAGGGACAUUUUAUAUACUUUUAAAAGUUAGAAUUUAAUUAGGAUGCCAGAUUUUAUAGCAGUGUGCAUCUUUAAUUUUCCAGAUAAUCUGGAACUUAGCAUUUGAUAAAUGAUUUUUUAAAGGAAAUAUAAAAAUUUUGUUAAUUUAUAAUUUAUUGAUGUUGCUGUAAUUGAAAAUGUUAUACAGAUUUUUAAUUUCAUCUUAUGUAGAAAGAAAUGUAUUAAGCAAAAUUAUGUGAAUAAAUAUUUCCCAAAAAUACAUCUGAAUGGUUAAAAAUACUGAAAGAUAGCUAUCAGGGCUAUAAUAGUGAAUGUUUUUUUAAAAUAUCAAAAAUACUGAUUAAGUAGAUUGUGUGUUUUCAACAGGGAAAAUGUUAUCAGUGAAUAUUUAGGCAGUGCACUUUACUUGGUAUAAUUGAAAGUUGCACAGUACUGUUUCCUUAUUUUAAACUCUCUUUAAUAUACUUAAAUAUUUGCUGCUUUUUUUUUUCUAAAUUUAACACUGCUACUCUUAAUCUUUUUCUAUUGCUUCUGUCUCAUAUUGUUUUUUAAAAGGGCAUGUACAGGAGCAGCUGCUGCUACCUAGAAAAAUUUGUGUACUAUGAAUAGCUAAAUUAAUUUUUAAUUGCUUUCUGUGUGAUUUUAGACUGGAUAACAUUUUCCCUAAAGUUAUGCUGUGAAAUGCCUUUUGUUAUGCUGCAAUUGCUAAAAGAAUCCCAAACCUCCAUUGUAACAGCUGACAGCACAGUCUUAUAGGUGCUUUAUAAACCAGUUGUGGAAAAUUAUUCUUCCUUCAAGGAAAAUUAUUUUAAGGAAAGUUUUUCUGUUAUGAAAUCUUAUUUUGUAUCUAUUUUAUUUCACAUCUUCAGUUUUGUAAGCUUUCACAUCCUCCCACCAUAAUUCCCCCAAGGAAAAUCUCUCAGAAUGUGGAUAGCUUAUUUUCUAUGAUUGGUAUAUUGCUAUGGUAGGAAUUACUUUGUUGUCUUUUAUUCUGAAGACAUUUAUUACAUCUGUGAUAAUUAAUGGCUUACCUUGUCCUGAAGUUGUUUUUCUGUUGUAGCUUGUUAACUUUACUUUUUGAACUGCGUUAACUUUCCCUUUUCCUCGUCCUUUUUAGCCUCUGUCAUAGAGCUCUGUGCUGUAGCUGCUACAAUAGCAGCUCCUGAGAUUUUGAAGAAGGUUCAGUGUUUGUCAGCAUCAAGUGCUACUUGGUAAUUACAUUUGUCUAGAACAGUAUUUACUACCUUUUUUUAAAGCAACACCUUUUUUGUUAGAAUUUUCAGAGUUGACAUUUUUAUUUUAAAUUCAGUCUCCAGCAAUGUCCUGAAAGAGGAUAAUCUAGAAAUUUAAAAAAAAAAAAGUUUUUAAAGCUCAGAUGCUCCAGUUUUUAUUCGAGUCAGAGCCAUUAUCUGGAAAGUAUAUAGGUGAUAGUCUGUAUAAUAUCACUUAUAAUAUUUGUGAAUCUAUAUGCAGGCACUGGAUAGUAGAAGUAGGACAUUACAUGAUAUUAGUUAGGCAUUUAAAUAUUCAGGUGAAACUACUGAUGACAAAAUACUGUGGUGGAGACACAGUUAAGAUUUAAAUCCUAGGUAAUCCAGAUCACCAUAGCUUUCUAGAGUCCUUGUAAAUACUCAUCUUCCAACAAGGUUACCCUUGUGUGUAUAGAAAGCAAUAUGUGCUUAAAUUUCACUUUAGUGCCACUUUUGUCCAUAAUGGAUUGCCAAUUGUAAGUCAUCUCUCUUUGGUAUGGUUCUACCCCCACCCCCCAGAAUGUUUAAGAGAAGUAAAAUUAUUGUCUUGCUCUGGGCUUUUGCCAGAGAAAUUGACUAGCCAUAAGUUUAAUAUGCUUUUCAGAUUUAGCCACAAAUUAGAUGAUAGAUUGUUUUAAGAGCAACGUUUAUGACUGAAAUGUAUCUGAUUUUGUGAUAGUAGAAAGAACAUUGAAAAAGUCUUAAUUGUUAGCUUGCAUAGUACAUACCUGGAUUUUAGUUUCUUGGUACAAGUCUUACAUUUCUUUAUUAUAUGAUGAUUUCAUUUCUCACGCACUAGAUACUUCAAUAGAAGGUAGCCCAACAAUGACUGAGGCCCAUGCACAGCAUGUCUCCAUGAUGUGCAGUAUUUCAAGAAGGCCAGGCUUGGUGGUGCACACCUGUAAUCCCAGCAAUUGGGAGGCUGAGGCAAUAAGAUUGCUGUGAGUUCAAGGCCAGCCUGGACUACAUAGUGAGUUCAAGGCCAGGCUGAAACACAUAGCAAGACUCUGUCUCAAAAAAAGAAAAAAUAAAAAAAAGGUUUUAGUUUGAGUCCAUUAAUAAAAUGACAGAACUCUUCAAAGCUUAUUAGACCACACCUGUGUUCCAAAGUUUACAUAUGUAGUUUGAGAGCAAUCAUUUGGAUAAAUAUUUUAUUCUACGACAUAGCGGUAUUCCUUUAAGACUGUAAACUCAAUGUAAAUACUAUGUACAUUUAUGUGCUGAGUUGGAGAGUGAAAGAGUGAAAUUUUCAUAAAAAUAAGCUGUUUUAAACAAAGCAUGAAACUUUUUUUAUAAUUCAAGAAUAAUUGAAUUUAACAGGUUAUUGAUAUCCAUACUAUGCAUUGAUAAUAAUACUCAAAUCUUAUUCUUUACAAGUAAGUUUCCACAUUAAUCAGAUUUUGAGGAACUAUAUAAAACUACUACUAAAAGGUAAUUGGUGCUUAUUAAAUAUGAGGAUAGUUUGUUGCUGAAGUUUUCUAGUUCAUUUGGGUUAUUUUCUUGCAAUUUUGAUUUAACCUGAGGCAAACUCAGUAUAUAUUGAUAGUGAUUUACUGUAAAGUAUUCUUUGUUCAAAUGUCAUUGUGUAGAUAUUUUCUAAGUUCAAAAAAAAAAUCUAUACUUUACUUUUGCCUCAGUCGCCUAUUGUUCCUGAAGAAUGUAAUUUCUGAUUUUUUAUUUUGCUGUUGUGAAUAACUUGCUAUAUUUUUACUGUCUUUUUUUUUAACUCAUCUUUUCAUUCUGAAACUGAAUUGCUAAUUAGUUUUGUUUAGAGGCAAUGGCUAUUUGUUGUACUGUACUACUGAUCAGGAACAGCUAGUAAAACUUUUUUUGGUAAUUUUUCCAGCAAUGAGUUGGGUACUGUGUUCUGUGAAUGCAGUGAAUAGGCUAAGAAACAGAAUUCCUGUAUUAAAUGGAGAAUACUUGGUCUUCUAAGUCAGACAAUUUUCUGAGGACAGAGGCUAGGAGAGUUUUGUUUUCAGAUAUUCAAGCUGUCGUCAAUUUUAGAUCAAUAGUUUAGUGAUAGAUUUUUCAUUGAUUGUCUAUAGAGAGGUAAAGAAUACGGUGUGAACUAACAUCCCAGAAAUAAGUGGGAAAAAAAGUUAAUACUGUAGUAUCUCUUAACCACCAUUGUUUUUUAGCUCUGUACUGGACAGUGAACCACUUGUCAGGAUCCCAAAUCUUGGCAUCAGAAGUGACUUCAGUCUUCUUGUUAUUAAGAGCUCAUGCCUGCGUAUUCUGAUGAAGUAUGUCGAAAUUGAUAGGCACUGAUUUAUUUAAGUUUGGUGAAUGUAUAGUUCUGGUUGCAUCCUAUUUUCAGUAAACCUGGUGGUAGAAUCUCAAAAAUGGUUCAUAUUUGUCAAUCUUGAGAACUUGGAGGUAUAUAGUGCAAUUAGCAGACUCCAUAGGGAGAUACCGAAGGAUGAUUUUGUCAGUUCAUUACUUUUCUUUGCUGUGACUUUUCAUGUUGGAAAGUCAUGGUGAUAAUAUUUCCCUCCACUGUUUUUCUUGUAGUUUCUAACUUUUCUGUGAUACUUCUUAGUUUCCUGUAUUAGAAAAUAUUUUUCUGUUAAGUAAGAUAUCAAAAGCAUUAAUCACAAGAAAUAGAGAAAAUAUAUGGAGUCAACUGGCGUUAAUAUGUUGUAAACUAAAGUAGAAUAAUUUAUUAAUGAUAUUUUAAUAUUUCCAAAUGAUCUUGCUGAAUUCUGUUACUUAGAAACAGACAACAAGAGGAUGCUUUUGAGGAAAAUUGUCAUAUCCUCUAUAAUAUUUUAAGUUUAUAGUACAUGUAAUAAAAGAAAUACCUGAAUGCUCAAGUUCUCAUGCAUUAAUUGAUACUAUAUCCUCUGUAUUUUUUGUAUACUGAUUACCACAAAGUUAAAUUCAAAGCAUAGCUUAAUAGAAGAAGGUUUCCUGAUUACCUUAACAGUAAGUGGAGAUAUACUGUAACAUUUCUAAUGUAAACUCUAGCUGUAAAUUUUAUGAUUGAAAUGUGACUGUAGAGCUAUUAAAUUUUGAGUAGGAAUGAUAGUGCAUAGUGUGUAAUCAUAACUUUUUCAGUUUGUUAUGUUUAGUAACAUGCCAUGGUGUUUUAGAAGAAGAGUGAUCUUUGGAAGUACAGAUUUUAUGACACAGAAAGUAUUGACCUUAGUAGUAUACCAGUUAAAAACUUGAGUUCUGGAGCUAGACUGCCUAGUCUUCCAUCUCUGGACAUUGGACAAGGUAAUUUCUGUACACCUCACCUUUGUGUAUAAAAAGAAGGUAUUACCACUUAACACAUCAGGUUUGUUGAAGUUUAUAAAAAGGUAUACAAGACCAGUUAUAUAAUAACCUUUUAAUGUUAGUGGUUAGCAUAAAUAAGAAUACCUUUGUCUUUUUGUGAAUAAUUUUUGUUAUUUUGUCUGUUCUGAAAUAUGACAGUAAUAUCUAAGACCCUGUUAUCCUUAAAGAAGCUAACAUAUAAUAGAAAACUUUAGUGUUUCUGAUUUCCAUUCUUAAUCUAAAAUCUAGUGAGUUUACUCUUUCAACAGUUAUAUAUAAAGCAUUCUUUGAUACUGUGCAGUAUAGGGACCAAGGAUAUAGACAUGAAAGAUAGCUGAUAUUUAUAAACUUAAUUUUUAUAGCGGUAUGGGGCUUUGAAUUGUUUGAUCUUCCUAUCCCUGAGGUCUGUAUCCCUAAACUGUUCCCUUUUUUAAAUUUUGAGACAGGGUCUUACUAAAUUGCCCAGCUAGUAAUCAGAAUUAUGAUCCUCCUCAGCCUACAAACUUAGUUUUUAACAGGUAAAGUAAACAAGCAUAAAGUGGAGUGUAACAGAUGGCUGUUAUAGACAUACAUGCAAGGUAUUUUGAAGGUAUAGAGAAUUGUGAAACUCAGACUAAACCAAAUGAUUAAGUCUUUAAAAACAAGUAUAGUAUAGUUGUAGGGGAGGGAUGUGGAUAAAGGAACAUAGUGAGAAUUUUGUAAUGGUUAUUCCCAAGGCAGAAGGCUUAGCACAUCACUGAGUUUGAGAGAUGUAUGGCAUUCUUGGCGGUUACUCUGUUUAGAAAGGUAAGCAAAUGAUAAAUUCAUGUACACCAAGCUAAACUGAUUUUAAGCAGGAAAAUACAAUCACGUUUACAUUUCAACUUAGAAAGAAUGGGUCUGGAGGCAGAGAGAACUGUUAGGAAAUUUAGAGUAAUUCAGAUCAAAUAAUGAGAAACAGAACUAAAGCAUUGACAGUAGGAAAGCCAAAAAUAGAGGAAUUUAGAAAACCGAAUUGACUCAUCCUGACAGUCACUUUGUAUAUAAGCGAUGGGAAACAAGACCAGGACAGCUUCUAGCUGUACUUCCCCCACUUACUGAAUUAUUGAAUCCAUAUCUGGUGAAAGCUGGUUUUGUUGGUAAUAUUCUGGAGAACCAGAGAAAGGGAGCAUUGAUUCUAAAAUAAAAGAAUUGGAUUUUAAGUAUCAGAUUCUAGAGCAAAGCCAAGACAUAACUAGUGAACAGGUUGUGAAAAAUCAGGAGUUGAUAUAUGUGUGUGGAGGCUAUUAAGAGUUCAGGAGGCUGAGUCCCAAACAUUGGCAGCACUGUCAGAGUAAGUGCACGAUACACAAAACCUAGUUUAACAGCAUCCACCUGAGGGGCUGGGGAUUUAGCUCAGUGGCAUAUAAGCGCCUGCCUUGCAAGCAGGCAGUUAUGAGUUUGAUCCCUGGUACCGAUAAAAAGGAAAAAGACCAAAAAAAAAAAAAAAAAAAAACACAAAACAGCAUCCACCUGGUGGUCCUGGACCUCUCGUGGAGUCCCCUCUACUGUUAGCUCUAGAUUCCUAUUGGAAUGGUGCCAUGCUUUCCCAGAUUUGCUUACCAAAAUGCUGAGAUGCAGCCAGACAUUCUUGAGGUUUUGUAUUUAUUUAUCUUACCCUUUUCCGUUAUACCUAGCUUUUCAGUUCUUUGCAGCAGAAAGUAAAACUAUGGUUGGAAACAGUCUUGUAAAAGUAGAUCCAUGGGAAAGAUAAAUCCUAUUGCCCUGAUGUUGCUUUCAAAAAGAGGUUGGGUUGGACUUAGUAAGAAGAGGACCAAAGAGAUGUAUUACUUCUUAGAAAACUAUGAGUUGCCACUGACCACUUUGUGAUCUUUCUCUUUUAGCAAAGGACAGGAAAUGAGAACUGGUAAGCUUGUAUUUAGUUAUUGGAAGAGCAACAACCUUGAGAUAGUCUUGUGGGUCAAGGAGACAACCCUGCCCACAGGUUACCUAAUGCAGCAUAUCCGAGAGAACGCUAAUUCAAGUUUCUAUAGGUUUCUCCCAAGUUAAUUCAAAGGUUCCCUUGUACAUAACUUGGGACUUUAGGACAGCAUGGACUGUAAGAAUAGCAGUAAAUUAAUGCCUGAAAUGUAUAUCCUAGGAUCUCGGAAACCUUUUAUUCAUAAAUGUGACAUGAUUUAAUUUCCCACAUAGUAUGUUUAAAAUUGACUUUCUGCAAUGUCGUACUGAUACUGUAAUUAUAAACGUUUUUAAAUUCUGCCAUUUAGUGCCUUACUACUAUAAUACUAUUUUUUGUGAACUUUUUGGGUUUACUGUUUAUUAUUUUAUGAGAUUUAAAGAGUACUUAACCAAAAAAUAGCCUUCCAACAAAGUCAGUUUGAGAAUUUAAUGCUUUCUGAUUGGCUCAGUCAUUUGUGGCUAAUUAAGUAACAAGAAAGUAGAUUGGUUGCACAAUGUUAGCAAUGUAGAUUUAUAUUUCCGAAGAUAUCAAAUAUAAAUCUUGAAUUUUUCAAGGUAGCUCAUCAAUAAUUACAAUGUUAUUAAAUUGGUUAGUGCUAGGAAUUAAUUAUUCAUAUAUUGUAUGAUACUGUCACAGAUGUCAGAUGGUGUACAGUUUAUCUUUGUUGGGGCUCAAGCAUGGCCAAAGCCUUCCUAAACAAUUUAAAUUUCCAACUGUUAUUUUAGCAUUGUAUCAAUAGAAAAAUUAUCAGGUGAUAUGUUCAAUACUUUUUUCAGUGUUUGAUAUCUGAAGUGUAUUUCACACUUAGAGCGUGUUUCUGUUUGGAACUAGCCACAUUUUAAGGGCUGAAGAGUUAGGCAAUUGCUGGCUACUCUACUGUACAGCUGGAUCCAGCAGACUAUAGGAAGCUUUUUCCAUUCCCAUCUGUACCUGAAUAUUUCUGAAGGCUAUUUAAUUCCAACAUUGUAAGACUCUUGAGUCUCUUUUAAAGUUGAUUUAACUAUUACAUGGGAACAGAAUUUGUUCCAUGUUGUUACUAAAUGGAGAAAAUUUCUCAAUUUUUUAAAAAUUGAGAACAGGAGAUGUCUUUAAAGAAGAAUGAAGGUCUAAUAAUACUUCAUUAUGUGCAUUCACCAGUAACCCUGGCUUUCACCGUGAUUGCUACUUUUUGGUGAGGACACAGGCGCUUUAAUUAACUAGUCAGUGUAAUAGAAGUUGGUGUGUUUCUGAGCAGUGCUGGUGGUAGCUCUAGUUGGCUUUGUUACAUGUUGAGCUGUGUUUGAGUUUUUUGUGUCACAUCUCCCAGCUGUAGAAGCUUGUCCAUAAAACUUGUAGUCACAAAAUGGAGCUGCCUGACUGCCUAGGCAUUUUGUGCCCAAGCGCCAUGGUGAAUUGAGUCAGGCUUAGGGGUUGACAAGAAGUUUGUCCACCCGGUUAGGUUGCAUACUGGGAAGAUGGACAUUACACACUUCUGCUUUCAGACUGGGACCAGUGGUUCUCAACCCCUGGCUCUAAGAACAUUAACUCAGGAGGGAAGAAUAGAACGCAGACGCAGCUCUUUAAAUCUGUUAAGACCUUGACCCCAGCCUCACCCCAGUAUUCCUGAGGUAAUUGUUGUGAUGUGAUUCUGUUGUAUGGCUAGUGUAUAUCCUAUCUGGAGUUUUCUCAUGCAGGCCAAAAUAGGGUGUCAAAUCAUGAGGAAUAAACAGAUGCCAAGCCGGUCUCAGGCUUCUGUAGGCGAGCUUUUGCUGAAUCCCCUUUAAUUCUUUCCUGCUUAAUUGAUCUUAACUUAGUGUUAAAAAAGGUACACUGGUAUUAUUAUGAAUUCUUCCUAACUCUGUGGUUCAUAGAAUAAGCUACCUGAUGCAGCCAUUAUCUGAUCAUUUAUUUUCACAGUGGAAUUGUAUUUUCUUUGAAAUAAAUUCUUUAAAUUUAAAAGGUCAACUUUGGAAUUCAAAACUGAGCAAUGAUAUCUUUGACUUGUACUCAUCGUUUUUCUCUCCUGAAGCAGUUCCUAGUGGUGAGUCAUUAAGUUCCCAUUAGUAGCUGGGGAUGCAAGAAAUUAAGGACAAGAAAUAAAAAAUGUUAGUUAUUGAUAUAAAAAUAAUCUCAUACCUGUCAUUGUAAAGCCACUGAGGCCCAAGAAUGUGAGUACUUGCAGUCUGAUUUUCAUUCUUAGACUUUUGGUGGUCUUUAAAAGUCUCCUCACCCUGAAGAAGAUUGUGAGGGAUUAUUGGAACUGGAAUGCAAAUAAAUUGAAGUAUUGGUUCAUUCAUUUAGCAUUUAACUGCAGACUGUUGGGUGUAUGUAAGGAACUGCAUAUAUGUUGAUAAGUAAAAAGGAUAGUUUUAGAGCUAUAAAUAAAAUGAAUACUUGAAGCAGUCCUGGAAUAAGCAUUUGUGUUAGACCUUACAAGAAAUAGUCCUAAAAAGUCACUGGAAAGCCCUUUAGGAGGGCAACUGGUGAUGCGUUCAGUCUUGUGCCAGACUGAUGUGUAGUAGUGCUGCGGAAACAAAGGUGAAAGCAGAUGCACAAACACAGAUCUGAGAUCGCAGGGGAGCCAGCCAGAUUUGUUAGCCCCAUUCCACUUUUAGAGGCCUAUUUCCUCAGAACAGUAUUAUAUAUGUUAGCAGUUUUUUUUCUUCACUGCUUGUUCCAGGGAACUUUUUAGGCUAUAAUUUACAUACAACAGAAACACUUGUACAAGUGUACUAUCUUGACGGAUUAGGGCAGACAUGCAUAGCUGUGUUAACACCACAACCAAAACAUUUCCAACACAUCUCACAAGUUACCUCAAGUUCCUAUAUGCAUAGUCAGUUCCCACCCAUCCACCUUCCACCUUAGCCAUUGAUCUGCUUUGUAUUACUAUAUAUUAGAUGAAAUCAGUGUGUAUUUUAUUUGUGUAAGUCUUGCUUCACUUAGCAUAGUAUCUGUGAGAAGCAUCCAUGUUGCUUGAACCUGUAGUUUCUUUGCUGAGUAGUAAUUCCAUUGUGUGAAUGUACUACACUUUGUUACCAUUCUCUUUAUGGGUGAGGAUUUGAUCUAUUUUUAGUUUGGGGCUAUUAUGAAUAAAGUGAUUAUGAACAUUUAUUUACAAUCUUUGUGUAAUGUGAUUUCUUUUCAAUAAAUCGUUUAGCGGUUAA